AUGCCAACUUCACAUUCACCCCGGCGAAGUCCUCGGCUUGGACAGCCAGAGACUUCCGCAGCUGCAACCACUGGAAACCAACCAGCCGGCACUCCGAGAGCCAUAACGGAUGCCGCGGCUGGCGGUAAGGUGCAGCGGGCACAAGCUCCUAAGGACAGCGGGCAAAAGGGGAAGAAACCGAGUGCAGAUCUACAGCCAGCUGGAGGAUCACGCCAAGAAUCGGUUCCCACGUCCGCACAAGUUACGGCCCUAAUGGAAAGGAUCGCAAGCUUGGAAGAGGAGCUACAAAGGGCAAGGGCAAGUGAAGGGCAUGACGCAGCCGCCAGGAAUCCCGUUGGAAUCGGGUCGAGCGGUAACAGAUUGCCGCCAUAUUUGAGUGGAGAUUUGCCGCCACAACUGAGUGGACAUUUGGCAAUAGGGCAACCAGUCACGAGUAGCACAAGUCGUACAACGGCAAGCUAUUCCACGCCAAGAUGUGUAACGGCCGAACUGCAGCCAGCGCACAGUAACGUGCAAGCAUUUCGGGAGCCUCAACACAUAACCAUGGUACCCACACAGUCGGCUGGGUCCUAUGGAAUAGCAUCGCCGAGCCUAAAUGGAUGGACGCCGCGCAGACUGCCUGAUCUCCCCGAGUUUGAUGGUCAGCCUGAGGAUUGGCCAAUAUUCCAAUGCGCGUUCACGGAGACAACAGCGGCGUACCAUUGUACAGCUUUAGAAAACAACCAGAGACUAGUCAAGGCCCUGAAGGGUGAAGCGCGAGCAUCCGUCAAGUCGUGGCUUAUACACCCGAGUAAUGUUCAGGCUGUAAUGGAGCAGCUACGCUCCCGAUAUGGUCGUCCGGAGCAGCUGAUACGCAGCCAGCUGGAAAACGUGCGAAGUGUGCAGCCGAUCCAGGAGCACAACAUCAGCAAGAUCGUGCACUUCUCCACACGGGUCAGCAAUCUCGCUGCGUUUCUACAGGCAACCCCGAACGGAGAGCAGCACCUAGGAAACCCCAUCCUGAUGGAGGAGCUGAUCGCCAAGCUACCGCUGAGCAAAAGGUUGGACUGGGCCAGGCAUGCCACUGGAAUAGGAUGCUUCCCCACGGUCGUACACCUCAGCGGAUGGCUGGAGGAACUCGCCAGGCUGGUGUGUACCAUAUCGGACUUCGAGAGCAAGGAACCCAAGCGAAGGGUGCUGCACGCCAGCGCAGGCCAAAGGAACCUGGACCGGUAUGACAACCAAGUUAGGAGUUGCCCAGUGUGCGAGGGGCAACACCUUAUCAAGGAUUGCAAGGACUUCAACCAUGCGUCUCCAACUGUGCGAUUCGAUAUCGCGAAGAAGCAUCGGAUAUGUUUUUUGUGUCUGGAAAGUGGACAUAUGGCAAGGUUCUGCAAAAAAGAUGUUAGCUGCAAUGUAUAUGGAUGCCAGAGGAGGCAUCACUACCUACUUCACGAGCAACACACACGGCCACCACAGGCAUACGGUGGUCCUCGGAGGGAUCAAAUGAGCAGCCGCAACCGGGCACUGCAAACUGGCAGUGGUCGACGGAAAGGCGAGGCACACAUACCUCAGCCAGCGGCACCGAGUAGUUUCCCCACGCCACAAGCGAGUCAAGAUGCUCGGCGUGAGGAUGAGGGACGUUUGCGCAGUGGUGAUACAGAAAGACCACAUCGGAACCUAAGCUGCGUCGAGUCAGACGGUGGUCACUUACUUUUCCGUAUUCUGCCCGUGACUCUGUACGGGGAAUGCAAGCAAGUGGAUACCUACGCGCUGUUCGACGAGGGAUCUUCCGUAACCAUGAUAGAUGACGAGCUCAUUCGAAGCCUAGACCUGAAAGGUGAGAAUCGGCAGCUCAAUAUCCAAUGGUUUGGUGGCAAGUCAUCCAGCGAGCGCACCAAAAUGGUAAGCCUGCAGAUCAGUGGAGCGGGCAAGCCAAAACGCCAUGGACUAAGGAACGUGUUUGCAGUCCCAAACCUCAAUCUCCCGAUGCAAAGUCUGCGUCGAGAAGAUGUCAAGACGGCGAAGGCUGGUGCAUGCCUGCCGAUGAGGCCCUACAGUAAUGCGGCCCCGAGGAUUUUGAUUGGACUGGACCAUGCACACUUGGGAAUACCGAUGAAAAAUAGGAGCCUUGGAACAGGAGGACCAUAUGCAGCCGCCACCACGCUUGGAUGGGUGGUGUUCGGGCCGGUGAAAGGACAAGUAAGUUCACCGACUCAUACAUCGUGCCUCUUAGCCAUCCCUCAGGAUCGUCUUCUGGACAAGAUGGUCACCGACUACUUCGAAACAGAGAACUUUGGAGUAAAGCCGGCGCCACCAGUCGCAGCUAGUGGCGACGCACGGGCUUUGGGAAUACUUAACGGGACGACUAAGCGAGUGGGUCAACGAUAUCAAACCGGGCUGCUAUGGAAGGAUGACGAGGUGAGACUGCCAAACAGUUAUGACAUGGCCCUCAAGAGACUCGUCAACAUCGAACGAAAAAUGAAGCGCGACGUGGAAUUCGCGCAGGCCUACAAUAGGAUUAUGGAGGACUAUGUCAAAAAAGGGUAUGCACGACGACUAGAGCCGCAGGAAGUCACUCCAGCCAACAACGACAGGGUCUGGUAUCUGCCGCAUUUCGGGGUCGAGAAUCCAAAUAAACCUGGUAAGAUCCGACUAGUCUUCGACGUCGCAGCAAAGGUCGGCAACAUAUCCCUCAACUCAGCGCUGCUCAAAGGCCCACAGCAGUACAAGAGUCUGCCAGACGUGCUCUUCCACUUUCGGGAAGGAGCAGUCGGGGUCUGCGCAGAUAUUAAGGAGAUGUUUCAUCAGGUUUUGAUACAGCCUCAAGACAGAUGCGCCCAGAGAUUCCUGUGGAGAAAUGGAGACGACCAGCGGGACCCAGAUCUGUAUGAAAUGAUGGUGAUGACGUUUGGAGCAGCUUGUUCGCCGUGCUCAGCGCAUCAUGUGAAAACAGUUAAUGCUUCAAGGUACGCACGUACAGACCCCCGCGCGGUCCUGGCCAUCAACGAGUACCAUUAUGUAGACGACUACGUAGAUAGCUUCUCAAACGAGGUCGAAGCUAUUUCCGUAUCAACCCGGAUCAAGGAAAUUCAUGCGAGUGCUGGUUUCGAUCUGUGCCGGUUCUCCUCCAGUUCGGAAGGUGUGGUCAGAGCGUUGAACCCACUAGGAUCCAGCGAGAACGUCGAGUGGACCGAAGCUGAGGAGAAGAUUCUGGGCAUGUACUGGCAGCCGGCUACUGACGACUUUAAAUUCAGUAUAAAGUACCACAGGGUACCCAGCAGCGUGAUGACAGGGCAACGUGUCCCCACCAAAAGAGAAUUCCUCAGCCUCGUUAUGUCAACAUUUGACCCGCUCGGAUUUUUGAGCUGCUACACGGUGACCGCCAAAUUGUUGAUGAGGGAAACCUGGAGGAGAUCAGUGGAAUGGGACGAGCCCCUGCCUGAUGAGCUAGCCACAGCAUUCGAGAGCUGGCGGCAGGAGAUGAACUACGUGAGAGAGUUUCGGUGUCCGCGCCACUAUUUCGGCGUAGGACGAGUGCGUGAGCUACAGCUGCACAUUUUCGUGGAUUCGAGCCAAUCGGCGUUUGCCGCGGUGGCCUAUUGGAGAACCACUUAUGACGACGGCGACGUGCGGGCACAUUUCGUGUGUGCGAAAACCAAAUGUGCCCCGAUGAGGACGAUGUCGAUCCCGCGACUGGAACUCCAAGCAGCUGUAUUGGGAACCAGGCUGAUGGACACCGUAAAACAGACGCACGGUAUGACGAUCAGCGGCUGCGUUCUUUGGACUGAUUCGAAGACUGUGCUGCACUGGAUUAGCAGCACCCACCGGCGGUACAAGCAGUUUGUAGGAAACCGGGUGGCGGAGAUCUUAGAGUCCACGGAGGUGUCCCAUUGGAGAUGGAUACCAUCUGCCGAAAAUGUGGCUGAUGACGCUACGAGACCGCAACGCCACGUGAACCUUAGCCAAGAAUCGCGGUGGCUCAGCGGACCAUCGUUCCUGCGAGAGCCUGAGGAGCUCUGGCCCAAGAGUUCUCCGGGUGAUAGUAGCAGCCUGCAGACAACGGAGGAGGAAGAGAUGCCGUGUGAGUUCGCACUGGUUUUAGCAAAUAGCUUUAUUUCUUUGCAGAGGUUUUCGAGCUACGAUCGAUUGGUUAGAUCGACAGCAUGGGUCCUGAGGUUCAUUCGACGGUGCCGUGGGCUGCGUGACGUACAUGAGGAGUACGGUCUUUCUGCUGCUGAGUGUGCUGAGGCAGAGCGCUUAUUAAUCCGUCGGGCGCAAUCAGAGGCGUUCGCGGAUGAAACUCAAGGGAAAGCCGUAGCGAAAGACAGUCAGCUACGAGGACUUUCGCCAUACUUUGACGACGAUGGAAUUAUACGUGCGUGUGGAAGAAUCGAUGCCGCCGGUUGUGUCCCAGUUAACACACGGCGCCCCAUCAUACUGUCGCACCAGCACGCACUGUCAGAGAUGAUCACCGAUCACUACCACAGGAAGAUGAAGCACCAAAACCUAGAUGCGACCAUUAGCGAAAUCCGGACGAAGUUCUGGAUAACAAAUUUAAGGAGACUUUUACGGAAGGUUAUAACCAGAUGCCAAUUAUGUAAACUUCGGAGAGCGCAACCAGUUCCGCCACUGAUGGGUCCCUUGCCAAAGGACCGGCUCGAGGCCAACGGUUGGCCAUUUAAAUAA